AUGGCUCCCAGCCCUGAGGCCGCAGAGGACGAUAAGCGCAGCCAGAAGCGCAGUCACUCCGAGGCCAAUGGCGACAGCUCAGAUGACUCCUCGUCCGAUGAUGAUAUGGGGCCCCAGCUGCCCUCGGCCGCAGCACCGAAGAAAAAACGUCGAGUCCUCCGACACGAAAAGCUCUAUGUCGCGGCGCUUCCGAAAUCUGCCCGGUACUCGAGGUCUUUGAUGCACAAGGACCAGGUUCUCUUUACCACCUGGACGCCAAUUACCGAAUUUCUCAUCACUUCCUCCGUGGAUGGCGUGGUCAAGUUUUGGAAGAAGGACGCAGAGGCUAUCGAGUUUGUCAAGGAAUUCAAGGCCCACGACGGUGAGAUCAAGUCGGUGUCUGUGAGCCAGGACGGCAGCAGUUUCGCGACCGCAGGAGUCGACCAGACAGUCAAAAUCUUCGACGUAAUCACUUUUGAUCUACUGUCCAUACUCUCAUUGUCAUAUGUGCCAAAGUGCGUAUGCUGGGUUCAUAAGAAGGGGGCUUCCCUACCUCGGCUGGCCAUCUCGGAGGAGGAGAAACCCCUGAUACACAUUUACGAUGGACGAGGAGAGAAGGAGGACCCUAUACACACCAUCAAAGGGCUCCACCGCAAGCCCGUUCAUGUGAUGGCUUACAAUGAGCAGUACGAUUGCGUGGUGUCGGCGGACGAGAACGGCAUGGUUGAAUAUUGGCGACCGAGCGGAAACUACGAGAAACCAGACAACGUCUUCGAAUACAAGAGCUCAACGAACCUGUUCGAUUUCAAAAAGGCCAAGUCGGUGCCGUCUUGCCUCACUUUAUCGGGCGAUGGGAAGCAGCUUGCCACCUUCUCAUUCCCAGAUCGCAAGCUGCGAAUUUUCGAUUUCGGGACCGGAAAGCUUCAUCGCACCUACGACGAGUCACUGCAAGCUCUCGAGGACAUGCAGCAGGCAGGGAGUUCUUCGUCCAAGCUCGACCAUGUCGAGUUUGGGAGAAGACUUGCGCAGGAGCGGGAGGUGGAAUCAAGUCUCCUGACCAACAAGACUAACGUCAUAUUUGACGAGUCUGGGAACUUCAUCAUAUAUGGAACCAUGGUCGGGAUUAAGGUCCUCAACAUCUUCACAAACCAGGUCGUCAAGGUUUAUGGCAAAGACGAGAACCUGCGCGCUGUCAACCUCUCCAUCUACCAGGGCCAGCCGCAGAAGAAGGGUGUGACGACCGUGGAGAUGGGUGCUUCAAGUAACCCUCUUCUACAGGAAUCCGAGACGCGCGACCCAGUGCUCAUCGCCACCGCGGCUGGAAAGGUGCGAUUUUAUCUGUUCACAAACGACGAGGAGUUCUCCAAAUCGACAAGAGAUAUCCAAAAUGAACGACCAACGAUGAUCGGGGCAAAGAAGGAGACAAAGGUCAAAAAGACUGAGACAGGUACCGCAGCAGUGAUCCAUACAACAUAUGGAGAUAUACACAUCCGCCUGUACCCAGACGCGGCUCCCAAGGCAGUCGAAAACUUCGUGACGCACUCGAAGCGCGGAUAUUACAAUAACACGAUAUUCCACCGAGUAAUUCGCAAAUUCAUGAUCCAGUGUGGUGACCCCCUGGGUGAUGGCACUGGAGGUGAAAGUAUCUGGGGUCGGGAGUUUGAGGACGAGUUCAGCAGUUUGAAGCACGACAAGCCAUAUACGGUCAGCAUGGCCAACGCAGGGCCCAACACCAAUGCGAGUCAGUUCUUCAUCACCACGGAGAAAACACCGUGGCUGGACGGUAAACACACAGUCUUUGGUCGAGCUACACAGGGCUUUGACGUGGUGCACAAAAUCGAGAAUGCCAGGACGCACAAGGAGAAACCAGAGGAAGAUAUAAAGAUUUUGAACAUAGAUGUAUCAUAA